CUUUCUCCAUGUUGGCUGCUUUCUGUGCGCAUGCGCGACACAGGGCUACGUCAGCCUUUUCCUUUGGUUUAGAUAUACGUGGCUUUAGAGAGCAUAAAGAGCUGCAGCUCAGGAUCUCCGUCACAGACCUUCAUUUACUAACGCAGCCAAAUCCAUAAUGGAUCAAGUAAUGCAGUUCGUGGAGCCUGGGCGCCAGUUCGUCAAGGACUCCAUCAGACUCGUCAAAAGAUGCACAAAACCAGACAGAAAAGAAUUCCAAAAGAUCGCCAUGGCAACAGCAAUUGGAUUUGCCAUUAUGGGUUUCAUCGGCUUCUUCGUCAAACUCAUCCACAUCCCCAUUAACAAUAUCAUUGUUGGUGGCUGAUUUGAUUUGUGUGCUGGAGCAGUUUGGACGUUGAGAGCAUGGAACAGUGUUUGGUGCUGGGGUGGGAGUAAAUUUGUACAUUCAUUUGUUAGUUUUUUUUUUUGUGUGCAAUGUUUGUUUGGCUGUGUUAAUAAAUCAAAGGAAACUGUU